AUGACCCUUCACGAGUUCUCGAGAGAGAUAGUGUGCCUGGCUUUUCCUCUAACAUUGAAGGGCGCGGCAAGAGGAUGGUUCAAGUCGUUGCCCCUAGGGUCCAUAGACGGAUUUCAAGAGCUAGCUUGCCUAUUCUUGGCACAAUUCAUGGCAAGUAAGAAGAGGAAACAACCAGUGGCAUAUCUCUUGACAGUCAAGCAACGCGACAACAAGAGUUUGAAAGCGUACUUGUCUCGAUUCAAUAAAGAGCAAAUGACAACAGAUGACCAAAAUGAGAAAAUCAUAUUGGCUACCCUACUGGGAGGCAUCUGGGCAAAGAGCCAUGUUGGGGAGUUUUUCCCUAGGCUUGGGGGCCUUACCCAAUAUCCAGAAGCCUGA